AGUUGUAUUUUUGCAAGUGCAAUUCAUAAAUUGCUUUUAGAGUAGCGCAAGCACUAAAAGCAGAAUUUGAUUUAUAACUCAACAGAAAGGAAGAUGCAUAUUCUCAGCAGGAAGAAACGCGUCAAACGCAUUCCUCCACGUAAAUCUCCAACGCAGACGACUAUUCGACAAAAUAUGGAUCCUGGUGAAAACCGAAAUGCUUUUGGACUCAAUUAUGACAAAAUAACCCUGAAGCUUGGCAAGGAAAAUGCAGAUUUUGAGGAUGGCAAAUGGUUGCUGCCUUCAGACAGUCUAACACCGUUAGUGGCAAGAAUAGAACUCGAGAAACUGACGAAAGAAUGCAGGAGACUUAUAGAAGAAAACAACUUCUUGAAGGUGAAGAUGGAAGUUUUGAUGAAUUUGUUGGCGGAGCAGCAGGCGAAAGAUGCCCUUGAUGUUGAUGACGUAUCAGAAAGACCAAACAAAUCACCGGAUUUAGAGAAGUAUUGACGUAGAUGUGCUAUAACUGACAUAAACUAAUAAAAAAAUAUCUGUAAUUGAUGUAAUUAACUUGAAUUCGAUGUCUUAUUUUUGGCAUGACACAGCAUAAUUAAGAUUAAAUAAACGCAUUUUUUUGGUUC